UGUUGACGGAGCCGUUAAAGAGCCUCUAAAGGUCACGGCCCACUCGUGACCCGAGCAGGUGAAAACGCGGCUCUCUGAUUGGCUGAGCUGAAGGCAGGUGAGGAUGGAGGAUGUCACCGCGUCGCUGCUGCUGCUGCUGUGCGGAUCCCUGAUUCUCGGGCCCACUGCUGGUUCCGGUUCGGGUCCGGACCCUGAGCGCGGCAGGAUGGAGCUGCGGCGGGUCCAGAGCCUCGCCGCGCAGCCGCGGUAUGGCGGGUGUUGGGCGCGCGCGCUGGAACACCUGGACACGCGCUGCAGGGACAUGACGUCAGAGAGUCAGAGCCGCCUGGCGCUGCGCUUCACCCACUGUCACCUGAGCAGCUCAGGCAGGGAUUUCCCAUCCUGCCCUGAGGGGUCAGAGGUCAGCAGGUGUACUGCUGGGAUGGAUCCUGUGGCCUUCAACACCUACACUGAGUUCUUCACCCACACCCACUCCAUCUGCCACUUCCUGCAGUCGGAGGCCUGGCAGAGCCGCACAGAAAGCACCAUGUACAGGCUGACUGAGGCCUCUGCAGGUGUUGCUGAGCAGCUUCAGUCCACCAGACAGAUGGCCAACGAGCUGAUGGAAGCCCAGAGCGUCGCCUUACAGGCACAGAAAGAAAUCCUGUCCAAUGGAGAGGAGCUACGAGCCACCCUGAGAGACUCGACUCAGGGUGUGCAGGCGGUCUUCUCUGACCUCAGCAGCGCCUCCAGGCAGCAGCAGGUGGCGCUGUCGCAGCUCUUCCAGCAACUCUCCUUCCUGCAGAGCUUCCUGCUGAUGGAGGCUCACAGCCUGACUUCUUGCUGCUACAACGCGGCUGCGCUCUGCACCGCCUACCUCAUCACUUCCACCCCACGCUCCUCCAGGGCCAGGCUGCUGCUGCUGGUUUUGGUCUGCGUCAACUUCUACUUGGAGAAGAAGAUCUACCAGCAUGUGCUGAGCUCCGACCAACCAGAACACCUUCAUGUGGAGCAGGUCUCGGUGUACGUUGCUGCGCUGCGGCGCCUCUCGGUGUGUGUUGCCCUGUGUGUUCUGCUGCUGGUGUGUGUUCGCUACAGAGACCCGGUGCAGCAGAGCCUGGAAGUGCUGCAGCAGCUCAGAGAGACACAGAGCAGCCUGCAGGAGGCGUUGCGGCGUGCAGAGAGGUUUACGCAGGAGAAGAAGUUGUUGGAGGACCGUCAGCUGCAGUUGAGGAGGACAGCAAGAGCAGAAAGACUGUGGAGAAGAGAGGAAGAGGAGUUCAGUAUGAUGUCAUCACUGGCUGCAGGCUCCUCCCACAUGCCACCUUCAGGUCAGCUGACUGGAGGGGCGGAGCUAAAGAUUCGGGCCUCUCUGGCGACACCUGGAGGUUUGCUGUGGAAAAGUCAGAGCGCCCGUCUCCUCUGCCGCUCCUCUUCCCAUCAUGCUUCAGUCCAGACUCCGCCUCCCCUGGUGGAGGACAGGAAGGUGUGUCCGGUUGUGGAGGUUCCUGUCGGGAAGAACCCGGUUCUUCGCCCCCCGCCGCCCCGCUACAGCCUGAGGAGCCGCCGCCGGUCAGACGUAAUCUGAGUGACGUCAUCAGUGAUGUCAUCAACGAUCUGCAGCUGGAAAUGAUUUUUUUCAUUUUUAUAACUAUUAAUAAAAAUGUUUUUAAUAGACUCAUAUGCAGGUCAACAGCAGAACAACGGUCAGGUGGUUC